GUGCAGCAAAGGGUGUUACACACCUUCAACAAGCCCGCACCAGUGCUCACUCGGCGUUGGAGAGUUUAGCAACCCACUACCACUUCACCCUCGUUGGUUACGGAUGGCACUCAAUGUGGCGGACCCUCCGCAUGCACGCGCAGACGGAGUGGAACAACUGACCGGCUCUUUGUUGGCGGUGGCAUUCCUUACUUCCUUUGGGAGCUCUAUGCUUUAUGGCUACAAUCUGGCUGUGGUCAACUCCCCUGCUGUGUACAUAAAGGACUUCUACAACAAGACGGUGGUGAGUCGUAAUGGAACAGGACUCAGUGGGGAGACCUUGACCCUCAUGUACUCCCUCACCGUGUCUGUUUUCGCUAUUGGAGGUCUGCUGGGUUCCCUCAUCGUGGGCAUGCUGGUCACUCGCUUUGGCAGGAAAGGCACAGUGGUAAACACAACAGUGCUGGUGUUUAUUGCUGGCUCGCUCAUGGGCUUCAGCAGGAUUUGUGGUUCACCUGAGAUGGUCAUCUUUGGCCGCUUCAUCACAGGAAUUCACUCAGGCAUCUCUCUAAGUGUAGUACCAAUGUACCUGGGUGAGAUAGCACCUAAGAACCUGCGAGGCUUCCUGGGUCUCGUACCAAGUAUCUUUAUUGGCACCGGAGUCUUCACUGCUCAAAUCCUCGGCUUACAUGAGCUUCUAGGAAAGGAGGAGCACUGGCCUCUCUUUCUGUCAGUGGUGGUGGGACCCACCUUCAUUCAGUUGAUGCUGUUGCCAUGGUUCCCAGAGAGCCCAAGGUACCUGCUGAUUGAGAAGCGCAAUGUCCACGCCACCAUCACAGCCCUGAAGUGGUACCGAGCCAAGUGUAACAUCCAGGCUGAGAUUGAAGAGAUGCAGGAGGAGCAGCGCUCCCUGUUGUCAGUAGAGACGCUAUCAGUAUGGAAGCUGUUGGUGGAUGACACCGUCCGCUGGCAGGUGCUGAGUGUGGUGGUCAUCAACAUCGGCAUGCAGCUGUCUGGCAUCGAUGCUAUCUGGUUCUAUACCAAUGACAUCUUUGAGAAUGCAGGUAUCCCAGCACCAGAAAUCCAGUAUACCACAGCAGGAACAGGAAUUAUAGAGAUCAUCGCUGGACUUAUUGGGUGUUUCUCCAUAGAGAAGCUGGGCAGGAGGCCUCUCAUGAUUGGGGGUUUUGCCAUGAUGGGCAUCUGCAGUGCUGGAAUCACACUGGCCCUCAUUAUGCAGACUCACUUUUCAUUCAUGCGCUACAUCAGUGUCUGCUGUGUGGUCGGCAUCAUCGCUGGCUUCUGUAUCGGUCCAGCGGGUAUUCCCUUUCUGAUCACGGCAGAGCUGUUUAAACAGUCCCACCGCCCAGCGGCCUACAUUGUAGGAGGAUCACUCAACUGGCUGUCCAACUUCACUGUGGGCUUUGUCUUCCCCUUCUUGCAGAUGUCAGCGGGGUCUUACUGCUACUUGGUGUUUGCCGCCAUUUGUGUGUCCGUGGCCAUCUAUGUCUACAUUGUAAUCCCAGAAACCAAAAACAAGACUUUCAUGGAGAUCAGCCGGAUGUUCUCUAAGAAGGAGGCAGUUCUAGAGACCCAAGGCCUGAUCCACGUGGACCAGCUGAAGUUGAAGAAGAUGAACGGCUACGGUGGUGUGGAACAUGCUUCACUGGAGUUCGACAGCUCUUCUUCUGCACCUUAACUGAUCAGGUUGUCACUGGGUCUAGAAAACCAUUUAUUAAUUCCUGUUCUCCGUUCUACUGUUUUGAAAUGUACACAUAAACCAAACACCACCUCACCUGGACUGAGUGAAUUUAGACUCUUCACUUGGAUCACACGCCAAACAUUGAUGAAUAUACUGUACAGUUCUAGUAUCUGCAACUUCUUAUCAAUUUCAUGUAACAGACUGCUUGAGUCAUUAAAGUAAAAAUCCCGUUAAUGUAAAGUUGGGUCUAAUUUUUAGGUUUGGAUGUUCUUCCUAUCUCUGCUAAUAACAUUGUAUUCACCGAGAUAAUAAGUGAAAUCAGGGUACUGUGUGACAGACAAUAAGAAGUACGAGCAGUCAGACUUUGACCCACUGUACUUAUUGUAGCUUAGGACGCAGUUUUCCUGUGCAAAGAGGGAUUAUUAGCAACACUUCAGGUGCUGUCACUUUUACUUUGAUGUCCAAAUCUGGACAUCAAAUUAAAAGUUGGUUUGUUUGUGCAACUUCAUUAGAUAGAUAGAUACAUAGAUAGAUAGAUAGAUUACUUGAGGUGAGUGCAAAAAUAAGUAUGGAAGCCUGUAUGGCACUAUAUUAAAAUUUUUAUGUAAACUUGUGAAAUUUAGCAUUUAUAUUUUCACAUACUGGCAUGGAUGUUCUAUUACAAUAUUCAAAUGAAAAUGGAAAAGCUGUCUGACAUUUAAUUUUUGUUAAGUUGUACACCAAUUUACAGUGGACAGUAUUAAAAUGUUAAUACAAAUUUUCAAAUGUAAAUGCAAUUUAAACAAUGUAGCCCAAUUUUCCAUUUGUGCAAGCAUUAUUUAAACCUGCAGUGCGGAAAUGUUGUUCUGUCAACAUGUUCUUAAGAUAUACUGACACUGCCAUUCUAAGUGGCAUAAAACACAGGACACCAGAUUUAACCUGGUGGUGAUAGGCUUAAUCUUCAGUGCGUGAGCUAAUUUGGCAAGGGCUUGGAUAUCAAUCUUGCACUCUCUAGCUUUAGAUCACAGCAAUCGACAUUUUGUUUUUAUAAAGACUGAACCUGCUGUACCAUAUCCAAAUGUUAAUUCAAAUUUGAAAAUUAGAAUGCAUUAUAAACAAUGCAACCUGAUUUUUUUAAUUUAUGCAAGCAACGUUUAAGUCAAAAUAAAAAUUAAAAUGCAAUUUUCUAACAAUUUGAAAAUGAAAAUGAAAAUGAAAACGUCAUUUGACAUUUAAUUAAUUUAUUAAUUUAAUAAAGACUUAACCAGCUCUACAGUAAAAAACAUUCAAAUGCAUUAAGCAAAACAGUUUGUAUCAGGAGAAACUUCAGAGACAAGAUCUGAAGUAAAAAGCAAAUUGGAUUACUACAUUUACUCAAAUAAUACAUACAUAUGUGGAAAAUUAUUAUUCUAUUGUAGAAUUACAUUUUACACAGUUUACCAUAUAAUUUAAUAUAGUCCCAUACAGACUUCCGAACCCGAGUUUUAAAUCAUAAAUCAAACCAAAACAAGCUUUCCAUGCAAAGGAAAGUAUUUUAAAGGAAAACUAUGGUUUCUUAUAACUUGGCUUUUAGUUUUUCUAGGCCAUCAUUUUACAUUGCACUCACCAAAGUGAUUGCACAGAUUUCAAAACUCAACUCGAAGACAUCACAAAAAACUGCGUAAACAGGAAAGAAAAUAGCUAGCUAACGAACUUACUAUAUUCAUGAAAAAUAGCAACAGAAAAUGGCCCAUUGACGACAGGUGUGGAUAAAAUCAAUUGCAGGGUAGUAAUUAUACUAUCCAAAAAGGCUUACCAGAUAGUCAGAAAUACAAAAAUUAAAUCCUAUAAACUUUGGUUUCAUUCAAGGACACCAUUAAAUUCAGGGUUUUGAACAGUAGCCUUUCAAUACCAGACACUCAACAAUGGGUUAGCAUUAUUAGGGUGUCUAUUAUGGCAUGAAUGCUUGCUUUAUUUAAGCUGAAUGCAGGAUAUAGAUAUAUGUUAGGAUAUAGACUUUAGGGUAGAGUCAACAAAAUUAUCAGAGUUUGUGGUUAGACACAGCAGCAUGUGAGAAAUAAUUGGGGUGUGUGUAUAGUAUGCAUGUGUAACAUAAAUUAACCCUUUAAAGAUAAAUUUCUUAAUCUUUUGUAAAUUGCAGUAAAGAUAAACUGUGAAAUCCCAAAGUUUAUGCAUGUUUUGACUAUGUCAUCUUUUUGUUGUAAAGUUAUAUUAAUAUUGUUUCACUAAAAUCCCUCUACCAGCUCUGAAUACACAGUCAUUUUACAGACUCUAUCAGAGUACUGUGUACUAACAGAGCUGUACAGUGAGGUGUGCUAAAAUGUGUUUUAUACAAACAGCAAUACAGUUUGUUUGAAUAGAUGGAAAUAUGUAUUUGCCCUUUUGAAUUGUUGAAAGAUAACUACAUAAAUGAAAUGGUAUUGUAAUA